UCAAAGGUUGUACACUCAUACCAAAAAGCUGAGUCCGAUUUCUACUGAUUUCUCUGGCAUUUAUACAUGCAAUGGGUCGUCAUCAUUUCACAGCGUACAUGUGCUGUUUAAAGCUGCUGAAUGUGAAGCCCCUGCGGCUCCAGAGCACGGGAGGUUACUAGAUGGUUACAGACAGCAGGCUAGAGAUAUCUUUCCAUCUGGAACUUCGGUUUCAUUCGAAUGUGAAGAUGAUUACAGCUUGGUGGGAUCCAGGAGAAUCACAUGUGAAAAGGGUCAAUGGUCGGAUGAUCCACCCGUAUGUAGAGUGAGCAGAUGCCCGGAGCUUAUCAGGCCAGACCAUGCAGUCAUGGAGGGUGUUUAUGGUUACGGGAGGGAAAUUGGAGAUGAGAGGCUCUUCUACUGUAGAGGGGGUUACGUUCUACGAGGUGACACCAACAACCUGCGAUGCUUGGAGAGUGGGAAGUGGUCGGAUCCCUUACCCACUUGUGAAGCUGUUGUUCAUCACGUGUCUUCCUGUGCGAACGUGAGCUGUGAAUCAUGGCAGCGAUGUGAAGCCACGGGACCAAACACUACAGUCUGUGGCUGUAUCAAUCCAGCAUCAUGCCUGACAUCAGGGCCGACUGUCUGCGGAACAAACGGGGACUAUUACAGAAGUGAAUGCCAUCUCAAGGCCCAUGCCUGCUUACAGGACCUCCAGCUAGAUAUUGCAGAGAACGACCAUGGAUGCAUUAAUGGGGUUCCUGAUGAGGGCUUGGCGAUACAACCUACUGCUGAUGACAGUCCGGUAGUCUUCUCAUCCUUCUCCUCGUUUGAUUAAUAUGUGACUCCCCUCGGUGCUCUGAGCGUUCCUACUGGUAAGCUCUAGGGCGUAGUAAGAGGGAUAAUAAGCAGCGGAGAGCGAUUAUUUCGACUACUUCUCUUUUCUCGUGCCAUGGAUGAUCCAGCUGUCUUGAUCGUGGAUGGAAGCAUCGGAGACACAAAGAAUUCACCACCUCCUCCUAUAUACAACCCGUAAUCAUACAGGAAAAGACAAUGUAACACAGUAAGUGGGGGCGAUUUCUGUUCAUGAUCGGGGGACGAAA